GCUCUUCUUCUUCCUCCCGACCCCCUGCAACCCGACAAGCUCCCUAGCUACCGCCACCCAUCUCCGGCCGGGAACACCGGUAAAGCUUGGGGAUUUCUCCUUCUUUUCUUGUUCUAGAACACCUAUUAAACCCAAAAUUUUCCAGAUUUGCUCUCUUCCCUUUGCUGCGAGCUUCCUGUUGCUGGGUAGGUGAAAUUUUCGGUUAUUUUGGCCGCGAGUUCCCCUGCAGAAUUGCUGCUGGCCUCUUUCCCCCGCCAAGUCCGGUUUUGCAGCUGGAAAAAUUUUGGAAACGAAGUCAAGGAUGGGGAAAAACGAGGGGAGUGACAAGUUAGAAGGCUAGCCAUCUUGUAAAUUAAACAUGGAUUUUAGAUAUAAAUCAUGAUCUUGUAAGCUAGACUUCAUUUGGAGAUUUUAUGAUAUCAGGGCAAAUUUUAAAAUUUUAUCUUCAGAUUUUGUGGUAUCAGAUUGUGAUCCGCCAUGGACAUGAGGCCGGUGAACUCUUUAUUGAGGACCUUGAACGCAUUGCGUAGCUGUCGAUCGAAUGGCUUAGGUUUCAUAUGCUUCGCCAUGAGAUCCAAAAACCGAGGGAAGUUAAAAGGCACCAUUAACUUUUCUUCGACGAUUAUGGACUUGAGUUGUGCCUGGGUCAUGUUGCCCCCGAGCGAGCGCAUGAGGAUCCCCAAUUUCGACGGAGCAAUCUUACCAUCGCCAUCGGUGUCGAAGAGAGUGAAGGCUUCUUUCAUUGACAAAACCUAAUCAUUGCUUAAAUCCUUUCCCAUCAUUUUGCGUUUUCAGGUCUCGAUUCUCUCUAGAGAGUGAUGUCUGGUUAUCAGUUUUAAAAAGGAAGGAAAGAUUUGGAAGCUCUUGUCUUAAGGCGAAGGGCUUGUUUGGUACAACGGUUAAAAUUCAGCGGAUAGCGGGUAUCGG